UGUUUUCUUUGAAUUGUCACGAUGACAAUUUCUGUUAUUUUCAUUUUACUGCGAAAGGAAUCCCGGAAACGCUUCGCCGUGCUGUUAGCUGCCUUGGACGCUAGCAUUGACAUGCAAACCUUGGUUACUCCUGUCCUAGCUUCUAGUCGUCCUCCAGUAACGCAAUUGGGCCAACUUUGCUCUUAUUCGAAUGUUGAGGUUUACUCCAGUUGACUGAAUUCCCCUUCUAAGGCUGUUUGAUUUGCUGCCGGAGGUGAAUGUAAUUCCCGCACAUAAUGGCUGCGACUUCCGCCCGUAUUAAAAGGUACCGCUUCUGGGGGAAAUUGGGCGAAUCAGAGUGAGGUAUGGUGGCCGAUGGACGACCGUGCAGCCAAUCAGAGCCCGCUGUGGGCGCGCCACUGUAGUUCCCCCACAGCUUCCGAGCUCGGACGUCUCUGCAGUCCUCUACCCGACUUGAUGCGUCUGAACCUGGGCUCGCCCUCCGAGCAGCCACUGCCAUGUUCUCUCGCUGGACAGUCCUCACAAUGGACACCUCCUGGUGGUCACCCGGCAGGAUUUUGCCCUGUCAUCACGCACCCCUACGCAGAUGGACCCGAGCAGAUAUCUCCAAAUUCCGAGUCGCGUUAUGGACUGGACCCAGGGCUGCUUCCCAGUGCAGUCAAAGUGAUGGCGGACGACAGAGCGGAGUGGGAAGGCAAGGUUUUUAUCUCUGAGUCUUUUGGCCCUCCACCUCCUCUGCCAACCACUUCCUGCAUCGUGGAGGAUGGAGGCAACGCCAGCCCCCGUGCCAUCCGUUCCACCACAUACUGCUUGCCCCAGGAUGGUCCCACUGCCCUGCUGGCCCGGCUGCCUCUGGCCACUCUAGUCACGCCUUUAGCCAGACAAAACCCACUAGAGAAGCCUCUUCCGGUCGUCCCGGACGACUCGUGCAUCUCGGGAUGUCGUUGCUGCGGCGCAUCCAUGUGCGUUGCCGUGAGUUGGCAGGACUGCGGCCAGAGGUUCCGCUGCCCGUUUUGUGAUAAACUGACCGAAGUGCCGUGGCAACAUUACCAGCCCACACACGGGGUGGACGGGCUCCGGCCUGAUCGGGAGCAGAGGCCCGAGCUCCACAUGGGGUCCUAUGAAGUCCUCCACGCUGUCAAGGGUGAGGCGGCGGCGCUACUUCUGGCCAUUGACGUGUCGGCGGCAGCGCUACGAGGCGGCCAUUUGGACUUUGUGACGCAACAAAUACACACUCUCCUCGCCUCACUCGACAAAAACGUCCGCGUGGGCCUGCUGACGUAUGACAGCAGAAUCCAGCUGUACGACCUCAGCCCCACCCGCCCGCACAUGCUGGUCAUGGCGGAAACGUUGGAUGAGCAGCAAUUUCCAGUCAGGGAGGGGCUAGUACUCCCCCUAAGGGACUGCAUGGACAAUGUCUCCAGCGUGUUGCAGCACAUUCCCCAGUUGAGUCCGGACGGUGACGACUCGCCAAGUGUCCCAGCAGAGCUUCCGGUCAAAGCAGGUCUGGCUGUCCUUCAGACGCUGGCCUGUCCCGGCAAGUUGCUUGUCUUCCACUCGGCUCCGCUGGCAGAGAUGGAACAAUCCUCAGCUGGCUUCUUCGGAACCAGCAAGCCAAAAUCCAUCUUCCAGCCGCCGGAGGGAGCCAUCUCAUUGGCAGAGGCGUGCGUCCGUCAGGGAUGCGGCGUUCAUCUGUUUGUCCUCUCCCCGCAAGAUGUGGGCGGAGCUUGGCCGGGUCAUGUUCCUUAUUUGACGGGCGGCGCGCUGUAUUCCUACAACCACCUGCAGGGGGAUUUGGACCGGGAGCGCUUUAGCCGUAAUCUAAAUCGUGUUGUGGCGGCAAAUGUUGGCUACAAGGCAGAUCUUAGCUUGUUUGUUAGCAAAGGCAUGCGUGUGUCCGGCUGCUACGGACUCUUCGUGCCCAGACCGAGCCCUAACCAGGUCGCUAUGGCAACGAUAGACUGCCAGACGAUGCUGGCUGUGGAGCUGGCGCACGACGGCGCCGCUCUGGAUGAGAGUCGGGGCGUCGCUAUACAGGCAGUCCUGGCGUACAACACACCAACGGGGGAGCGGCGAUCCAGGGUGCAUACGCUAAUGUUGCGAUGCUCACGCCACCUGCAAGACACGUUCCGCCAAUACCAGGCACAGACGUUGCUGGCCUUCUACUGCAAGAAGAUGUAUUGUGCUGCUUUGGAGCGCCCCCUGCAGGAUCUGCGUGAGGAGCUCCAGAGGGACCUGACGGAGGCGUUGGCAUCCUACCGCCGUCACGGCUGCUCCUCUUCGACAUGGGCGUCGUCCGGUCAGCUGGUUCUCCCUCGGGGCCUGCGAGCGCUACCCGUCUACGUCAACAGUCUGAGGAAAAGUGACGUCCUACUGCCCGGCCUGCGUACCUCCGUGCACAGUCGGCUGGGUUUGCGUUGCCGGGCGCUCGGCUUGGACGCCGCUGCCUGCGUCACGCACUUCUACCCAGUGCUGAUCCCUCUGCCACUGUCGCACACCAGAAAUGUGAAGGAGGACGAGGAGGGGGCUCUACGCUGUUCGGCCACGAGCCUGCAUCCGGGCGGGAUGUAUUUGCUGCACACCCCACACACCCUCCUGCUGUGGGUGGGAGGCCAUGUCUCAGCAAGCACCUUGGCAGAGCUCUUUAACGUGGGAUGCUUGGCAUCCCUGCCCUCUGGAGAGACCAAGCUGCCAGUUCUGGACACCCCCUUGUCGGUCAUGGUUCGAACUCUCCUGGACGCGCUGGACUUGGAAGUCCCGUGCUUCCGGCAGCUGCUCCUGGUAAAGCAGGGUGAUGCCGGUGAGGAGCUCCUGCAGCGCCACCUGGUGGAGGACAAGAGCCCCAAUGGUGGCGCGUCCUACGCCGACUUUCUCUACCACCUGCAUGUCAAUUCUGUGCGCAUGCUGCACUGACCCACACACACACAGUACAAGCCUUUGUUUAAUUACUUAUUUAUUUACUAUUAAUUCACUGGUUUGAGUUAAACACAAGACUAUGGAGAACAGGCUUGGCUGGGAUUUACUUCUAUUUUUUUUUUUUACAUGUAAUUAUAGUUCACACUUGUUGGCGCAUAAACAAUUCUGGGAUUUCUUUUUAUUUUUUUACUUUUUUGGUAACUGUCUAAGCUUGAACACUAGAGGCUGCUAGAGAGCUACGCUGCUAAGCCAGGAAACGGGUGAAAUUGCCUUUCAAAAUAGUUAGUUAGCCCAUAACUACCCCACCCACUGUUAACUAAAAUGUUCAAAAAACGAAAAUCAAUAUUCAAUAUGUGUUUCCUAUGAAAAACGUGGGGAAAUAACAAACAAGAGAUAUUAAGUUAAAAAAAA